CGACACCAUCACCACCAACGAGUUCAUAUGUUGAUUUAAGACUUACACCAAUUGCACCAAUUGCACCAAUAGCUCUAGUAAAUUCAUACGUUGAUACAAAAUCUCCAUCCUUUGUAUCAACAGGAAAAGGAUACGUCAGUUCAAAAUCUUCAUUAGUACCACCAAGAUCACCAUUGAAUACAUAUGUUGAUUCAAAACCUCCAUCAGAACUACCAACAUCACGAUUGAAUACAUAUGUUGAUUCAAAAACUUCAUCAGCACCACCCGCUAUUGAAGAUAUUACACGCGAUAGUCCAUUAAUGGAAUCAAUGUCAUCAGUAUUUGUUCCAAUAGAGUCUACCGAAUUACAAACUUCAUCUUUAAUACUUGCUUCACCGGUAUCAUACACAUCAAUAUCAUUGGAUCAAACACCAGUAUACGAAAAUGAAUUGGCACAUCGACGUACACUUUCGCCUCGUUCUCAAAUUGUUGCAUCAUCAGCACAAAUUAAUGAUACACCGAAUUCAUCAGUAGGAUGGAGUAGUCCAGAACUUAAUCAUUCAGAUCAAGAAAAUCUUUCUGAGGUGCCUAUGACGACAUUACAGCAUAAUGAUCUUAACGCUUUAGUUCAAUAUAGUUCACAACUUGAAUCAUCCGGCUUUCCACCAUUGAUAACGCAUGUUAUAGCUAAUCCGAAUACUAGCAGUACUUUUUGGGAAGCAGUCGAUGAAUUUAUUGAAAAUUAUAAAUCAACAACUACAGAUAGGGAAUCACCACCAAUACGACGGGCUAUUGAUGGAAGUCAUAGAUAUAUAUUAAAUGAUAGUACAACGAAACAAUUAGAUAAAUAUAAUCUUGAAAUAAAACCACAAGAAGAUUUUGAAUCAAGUGCACCUCUUCUUAUGCCACCUUUAGAUAAUUCGUAA